UGCCGGUCUUCCUAAUCACCACCCAGCCUCCCCAAGGCUUCUGCAGAGCCAACACUUAGCCAAGGAUGAACUCUCUGCCGCUGCUCAUCUAUUUCUGUGCCACAGUGCUGACGCCAUGCCAUGGAUUCAGUUUGGAUACCGAACAGCCAACCGUCUUCCAGGAAGCAGCACUGGGCUUUGGGCAGAGCGUAGCGCAGUUCGGAAGCGGAAGAAAUGGAGGGCUGUUGGUUGGUGCCCCACUCCAGAAGGGGAAAGUGAAUGAAACGGGCAAACUCUACAAAUGCCAGCUGGGGCCAAGUAAAUCAGGCAGUUGCCAGGAGGUCCUUGUGCAAAGACCCACUGAUGCUGUGAACAUGUCUCUCGGUAUGACUGUCUCUGUCCAAGACUCCCAGUUGCUGGUGUGUGGUCCCACAGUCCAUCAGACCUGUGGGGAAAACAUAUACCUCAAGGGCUAUUGCUUUCACCUGGAUGAAAAUUUGAGGAAGAUACAAAACUUUCCUAAGAACCAAACAGAAUGUCCAAAACAGCUCUCUGACAUAGUUCUUCUGAUAGAUGGUUCAGGAAGCAUCAAGCGCCACGAGUUUCCACAAAUGAAGACAUUUAUAUCAGAGGUCAUAAAGCGUUUUGAAAAUACUGACACCCAGUUUGCCUUGGCCCAGUAUUCAGACAAAUAUCAAGAACACUUCAACUUUCUUCAGUUCAAGAACACUCGAGAUCCCAAUACACUUCUUAGACCAGUUAGACAACUGUAUGGGGCUACUCACACAGCUACAUUUAUACAGAAAGUGGUGCGUGAGCUCUUUGUCCCAGAAAAAGGAUCCCGCAAUGGUGCCUCUAAGAUUCUCAUUGUGAUAACAGAUGGAGAGAAAAGUGGAGACAACCUGGAGUAUAGUGACGUGAUACCAGAGGCUAACAAUGCCGGCAUCAUCCGUUUUGCCAUUGGGGUUGGAGCAGCUUUUUCUCGAGGCAGACCAAGGCAAGAGCUCAACACUAUUGCCUCUUACCCACCCUCAGACCAUGUUUUCUCCGUGAACAACUUUGAUGCUCUCAAGGACAUCCAGAACAAGCUUGAGGCUAAAAUUUUUGCCAUUGAAGGUACACAUUCCCAAGGUGGUACAUCCCAAAGCUCCUUCCAGUAUGAGAUGUCCCAGGAGGGAUUCAGUGCCUUGCUAACCCCGGUUGGACCCAUUUUGGGGGCAGUAGGAGCCAAUGACUGGUCUGGAGGAUUCUUCCUGUAUGGGGACCCUGAUAAACCAGCCUUUAUUGAUGUGCCCAGCUCCACUAAGGAUAUGAAAGAUGCUUAUCUUGGUUAUGCAAUGCAGAUGGUUCAAGUGAAUGGCCAGAGCAGCUUUGUGGUAGGAGCCCCUCGCUACCAACAUGCCGGCAAAGUCUUUUUGUUUAGCCGACAAAAUUUGCAGUGGCAGAAGACAUCAGAGUUGUCUCCAAAGGAGUCCCCCCAGAUUGGCUCAUACUUUGGUGCUACACUUUGUUCCGUGGACCUUGAUAGAGACAAAAACACAGAUCUGGUUCUUAUUGGUGCUCCCAUGUACUAUGACGGCAUGGCAGGAGGCGUGGUCUACAUCUGCGAGAGGCAGGAGGAUGGGUUUUUCUGCAGCCAGAAAUUGCGGGGGGCAGCCAAACAGCCCUUGGGCCGCUUUGGAGCCAGCAUAGCAGAAAUAGGUGAAAUAACUGGGGACCGAUGGACAGAUGUGGCCAUUGGGGCUCCAAUGGAGGAUGAGAACCAAGGAGCUGUGUACAUAUUCCAUGGGAGCAGAAGAUCCAUCAACCCAGCAUAUAGCCAGCGCAUCCAAGGCUCUCUGCUUCCCAAUAGGCUCCAUUACUUUGGCCAGGCUAUUGGUGCCGGGAGAGAUCUGACUGGAGAUGGACUCCCAGAUGUUGCAGUGGGGGCUCAAGGAAGAGUGCUGCUGCUGAGGGCUCGGCCCGUGGUACGAGUAGUGCCUACUAUCACCUUCACACCAAAUGAGAUCCCCAUCGCUGCCUUUGAAUGCCAGGAUCAGGAUGUUCUGAACAAGGAAGUCAGUAAGGCAACUGUCUGCCUCACUGUUAUGUCGGAUCCUCGGUUUACACAAGGCAGCAGUAUUUUGAACACCAUUCAGUACAAGCUGAACUUGGAUCCUGGUCGAAUGAGGGUUCGGGCCAUUUUUAACGGAAAUCCAGACUCUUCCACCAUCACCAAGGAGAUAAAAAUAGGACUGAAGAGACACUGUGAGGAGUAUCGCAUAAAGUUGCCGACCUGCGUAGAAGACAGCUUCACACCCAUAAACCUCCGGUUGAAUUAUACUCUCAUUGGAGAUCCCAUUCCUGGUGCUGACAACCUGCAAGCCAUCCUAAGCAAAGAUAGCUCCCCUAUAUUUACAUCACCGCUACACUUUCAAAAGAAUUGUGGUGCAGAUGGAGUCUGUAAAGACCAGUUAAAAACCUCCUUCAAUUUCUCAGGCUUGCACACUCUGGUGGUGGGCCUGACCCCUGAGCUCAAUGCUACCGUCUUCAUUCGGAAUGAUGGAGAGGAUUCCUAUGGCACCACUGUGACCUUCUUCUACCCUUCCGCACUGUCCUACCGCAGGAGCUCACUAUUGAAGUCCAACAGGAGAAAUGUGGCUAUUAAAUGUGGUUCUACCCCUUCGGCAGAGGAUGAUCCCAUGAGGAACACCACCUGUAACAUCAACCACCCCAUCUUCCGGACUGGAGCUGAGGCUAUUUUCAUUGCCACCUUUUCCGUCUCCCAGAAUGCAGAUCUGGGGAGAGAGGUACAGAUCAAUGCCACAGCUGGCAGUGACAACAAUGGCCCUCUCACUCCGGACAUGAUUCACCAAGCGAAACUGCUUGUCAAAUAUGGAGUAUAUGUCUUUGUUAACGCUGUUGAUGAGUCAACCAAGUAUGUCAAUUUUUCUGCUGGCCUGGAAGACGGAAAUCAGACUGUGGAACAUCGCUAUGAGGUGAAGAACACAUAUACACGAAAGGUUCCUGUCUCAAUCACGUUUCAGUUCCCUGUGCAACUGAAUGGGACAUGGGUGUGGAAUGCAUCCGCAGACAUCCUUCCUGAGAUGAACCACCUAGCUCAGUGCACCCCUGAAGGAGAGACCCCAGGGUCCAAAGAUUUUGUGGCACAACUAAGAAAAAAUUCCAUUCUGGACUGCUCUGUAGCCACCUGUAAAACAAUCCGGUGCAACAUUCCAUCCCUGGAGCAGAAGCAACCGCUGGAGUUCAGCAUCAAGGGGAAGAUGGGAUUCCAAUGGGUCUCCCAGACCCAGCAGAAGAAAGUGACCCUGGUGAGCUCAGCAAGGAUUUCUUACGAUGAGAAAAUAUAUACCCAGAAAGAGGGCCUUCCACUGAGUCAGGCGAAUACUGUAGUGGAAUUCCUGGAGCCUUACAACUACCUUCCUAUUAUUAUUGGCAGCAGUGUGGGGGGACUCAUUCUUCUUGCCCUGAUUGCUGCUGUUCUUUACAAGGUUGGCUUCUUCAAACGACAGUACAAACAGUUGUUGGAGGCAGGAGAUGGUGAGGUGGCAGGAUCCCCACCACAAGACACUGGUGCUGGCCCCAGUUCCGCUGCUACUAAAGGAUAGCUAAGACCACAACCCAUUCCUUCUAUAGGGUGUCUUAUAGUAUGCCCAUAAUAAUGAAAUGGACUGAACAAGAUGAGAUAAUUGCUCCAGAACAUAACUGAGGUCUGCUUCAUAGAUUGCAGUUUCCUUAAAUAGAAAGAACUUUGAUGGUAGAAAAUGACCAUCAUGUGUAUCACAGUUGCUCACAUGCUGAGGUAUGUUGGGGAGUAUGUGUACACACAGAUAAAUAUGUACAUGUGACAUCAUUACAGGUGAUAACCCAUACAGGUGUCUCCCCACUUACAUGGGGGUUACAUUCCCAGGUACCGUGCAUAUACCGGUAUGUGAAAUCAUGUGUAGUGAGGAAAAACAUCUAAAAAGCUGAACUCCACUAAUAAGCCACCAAAAUUGCUCCUUCCAAACCUCCUUUCUCAAACUCCAAUUCUCCAAGGCCUUAAAGAUCAGGGCCAUUUUUGCCCUGUUCGCACAUUUUUGCAGUUUAGAUUAAUUUAAUUGUUUCCCGACGCUUCACGUGUUCAUGCGCAAGUCAAACAUGCAUAAGUGGAGAAAUGCCUGUACCAGGAAUGGGCAACUUGUGGUCCUCUAGCUGUUGCUGAAUAGCUCCCUCCCAUCAGCCAGCAUGCUCAAUGGACAGGGAUGAUGGGAGUUGGAGUCUAAUGCCAGGUGGAGGACCACAGGUUCCCCACUCCUGACAUACACACAGUCCUACAAAAAAAGUGCUUUUAUGCAGCAAAAUAUGCCUAUCAUGGCUUUGAAAGUUAGGGAUCAUGGCUUCCUGUGUCUAUGGGCUGGUGAAGUUCAGUCAUAUGUUGCAGAAGUGUGAAAAAGAGUGCCUUAUGUUUGUAGUACAUCCAGCAAUACACCCGUGUAAAAAUGUUGUUGUCCUUAUAAAUGUAGCAGACUGAAAAGAAUGUAAACAGCAGCAUCUUAGCUGCUGGAAGGGAGACUGAACCAAAUUUAUGUGGUCAAGGGGUGAGGCAUAAGUGUCUUGCACAGUUCCUUCUCAAUCGUCCAUAGCAAUUAUUCACUGGUCCCUGCCCUUGUACUCCAGAUAUAACUACCAGUAUCUCUAUCCCCAAAUUCUCCCAGCUUUUGCAAAAAGAAAGGGGAGAGGUUUUGAAUAAAUGGAUCAUGGAAGGGGAAAAAGGAGAAAUAUCUGCAAAUGCACUUAUUACCCAUAAAUUAAUCCUGGUCCUGGGUUUUAAGAUCUCAGGCACAGCAUUUAGAUGAAAUGCUUUUAGGAGAAAUGUUGGGAUUUUUCUGCCUGGGGACCAUGUAGAUGUGUCAGAUUGUUCCUCCUGCAGCUUAAUCUGCUGUGCAAACAGUUGCUGCCUGAAGAAGUCUUGUGGUUGUAUUCGCAGUUAUGCGGCAUCUUGGACUUGGUAUGUGGAUAUAAAUUUAUAACUAUCAACAUUU